AUGUUUAACAUUGAGCAAAUUAUUGAAUUGUUAAAAUUGGGUAAGUUAAUACCUGAGAAAAUUGUUUAUUCCAUCUGUUUAAAAGCACAAGAAUUGUUUAUUCAAGAAGCUAAUGUAACGCAUGUGGAUACACCAGUCACAAUAUGCGGUGAUAUUCAUGGCCAAUUACAUGAUCUUUUGACCCUUUUUCAGAAGAGUGGUGGGAUAGAGAACACAAGAUAUAUUUUCCUUGGGGAUUUCGUAGAUCGUGGGUUUUAUUCGUUGGAGUCCUUUCUUUUAUUAUUAUGUUAUAAAUUGAGGUAUCCUGAUAGAAUCAUUUUGAUUCGUGGUAACCAUGAAACAAGACAAAUUACCAAAGUUUAUGGUUUUUAUGAUGAAAUAUUGAGAAAAUAUGGUAAUAGUAAUGUUUGGAGGUAUUGUUGUGAAGUAUUCGAUUAUCUUUCAUUAGGUGCAAUUAUAAAUAGUCAAAUAUUUUGCGUUCAUGGCGGUUUAUCCCCUGAUGCAUCAACAAUACAGGAAAUUAGGUCCAUUGAUAGAAAGCAAGAGGUACCACAUGAAGGUGCUAUGUGUGAUCUACUAUGGAGUGACCCAGAUGAUGUGGAUACAUGGUCACUGUCUCCACGUGGUGCGGGUUUUCUGUUUGGUGAGAAUGAAGUUAACAAGUUUUUAUACGAAAAUGGAUUUAAUUUAAUCGCAAGAGCACAUCAAUUAGUUAUGGAAGGCUAUAAGGAAAUGUUCAAUGGUGGAUUGGUCACUGUAUGGUCUGCUCCUAACUACUGCUAUAGAUGUGGGAAUAUUGCUGCGGUGUUAAAAGUGAAUGAUGAUAUGUCGAGAGACUAUACCAUCUUUGAAGCUGUACAACCUCAGGAUAACGUUGGUAAUGCAAUAAUACCGACAAAGAAACCACAAAUGGAUUAUUUUUUAUGA